AUGAUGACGUGUGAAGGUGAAAUUUUUGAUGUAGUUAUCAUUGGAUGUGGUCCUGCUGGAAUAGCAGCCGCACUUGAUUUUCAACUCAUAUCACCAUUAAAAUUUAUUCUACUUGAAGCUCGUAAUCGUGUUGGUGGUCGUGUUAUUACAGAUAGAACCACAUUUGGUACAAAUGCUCCUGUUGAUUUAGGUGCUCAAUGGUUACAUCAUUAUCGACCUGAAAAUCCUCUAUAUAAAUAUUUUCAAUUAUCAAAAGAUCAUCCUAAUUAUCACUUUAUUUUACGUUCAUCAACAACACCAUUCUUUGAUAUUGACGGUACAAAAAUUUCAUCUGAUAAAAUCGAUCAAGCAGAAGAGAUAUUCAAUCGAUUGUGUACAAAAAUAAAAGAUUCAUCAUCAUCCCUGACAAUAGAUAAAUCAAUAUUUGAUGUUAUUAAAAAUGAAUAUGAUAAUUGUACGAAUGAUUCUCAAAUAAAACGAUUAAUUGAUUUAUUUUUUGGUAUUAUUGAACAAUAUGAAGCAUCAAAUCUUGAUCAACUUUCAACUAAAUCCUAUUUAAAAGCUGAUAAUGACAUUCCUGAAUUUAAUUUAGCUAUACCAAAUGGUCUAGGUACAUUUAUUGAACAACUAGUUCAACAACAAAAACUACCUAUUGAAUUGAAUUGUAUUGUAACUUGUAUCGUUACUUCAUCAGUAGAUUCACUUGUUAAAAUAUAUACGAACGAUAAACGUAUAUUUUUAUGUAAAUAUGUUCUUGUUACAAUUCCACUUGGAUGUUUAAAAAAUCAUUCAGUUGAAUUUAUACCAAAAUUACCUGAAUGGAAACAAAAUGCAAUUGAUAGCAUGGGCGUUGGUAUAUCAAAUAAAAUUCUUAUUCAAUUUCCAUAUACUUUCUGGGAUUCGAAAGAUACUGCUAUAUUUUGUACAUCACGUCGAUUUCGUUUUAUUCUAUGUCGAUCUGAUGUUUGUUUACUUUAUAUUAAAGUGGCUGGUCAAGUUGCAUUAGAAAUCGAACAAAAGAAUGAUCAAGAAACAAUUGAUGAAAUAAUGAUUUUAUUACGGCGUAUUUUUUCAGAUAGAAAUGUACCUGAACCAAUUCAGUCUCUUAUAACAAAAUGGAAUCAAGAUCCAUUUUCUUAUGGUUCUUAUUCAAAUUUUGCUGUUGGUUCAGAUAAUCAAACAUUAAUUGAUCUUGCUAAAGAAUGUCAUGAACGAAUAUAUUGGGCUGGUGAACAUACGAAUUAUAAUGGAACAAUUGGUUGUGUUGAUAGUGCUUUUGAAAGUGGUCAUCGUGAAGCGAAACGAAUACUAGAGAAACUUAAACAGUAA